AAUUAGAGUAAAAAUUCCAUGAAACCAUUUCAAUUAACGUUGGCGCACAGCACACGUUUGAGCUGUCUUUUUUGAAACGCAACACAAACACGUCAUCUUUCAUUUAUUUCUUUAUUUUAACUUUUUUAUUUUUCCUUAUCAAGCACGAAAAGUGUAACAUUUUCUUUCAACUUCAUUUUUAUUCUACAAAACCCUAAUUUUUGUUUGUUACUUCGAAUUUUUCAUUGAGAUUCGUUUCACUCGUUGAAAUUCAGGCUGACCUAUAAUAAAGAAUUAUAGUAUUGAUGUCUUCAAAAACAUUGAGGAGAAGACUCCAUCACGGGGAUGUCGAUGGCAAAAGGCAGGAGCAUUUGGAUACUACUGGAUUAGAUUCAUUGAAUGAGCCGUUGCUGGGAGGUGAUGAUUAUAUUGAGAGUAAGAAGAUAUGUACACUUGAAGAUUUGUGGGAUGAUGAGAGAAAGAAGGCGCAAAUUCAUUGGACAUUUUUAUUUUCGAACCUCAUUGCGCAAUGGGCACAGUGGUUAGCAAACAUUGUUCUAGGGUCUGGAUCUCUUCUUGGUCGUCUUUUAUCACAUUCUUCUAGUGGUUUUUACUUGCAAAACAAUAGGAUGGUUCCUCCAACACUUAGCCCUGUGCAGGAAGAAAGACUAAGAAACUUAAAGCAACGGCUUGAAGUUCCCUUUGACGGUUCUAAAACAGAUCACCAAGAUGCUCUUUUACAAUUGUGGAAAUUGGCUUAUCCUGACCGAGAGCUUCCUCCACUUAAAUCGGAUUGUUGGAAGGAAAUGGGAUGGCAAGGUUCAGACCCAUCAACAGAUUUUAGGGGUGGAGGGUUUAUAUCAUUAGAGAACCUCAUCUUUUUUGCGCAGAAGUAUCCAGUCUCAUUCCAGCGAUUAUUAAACAAACAAGAUGGAAUCCGAGCAGAGUGGGAAUAUCCAUUUGCAGUAGCUGGAAUCAAUAUCUCAUUUAUGUUGGUGCAGAUGCUGGAUCUUCAAGCAGUUGUUCCAUCUUCUUCGUCAGGAAUAUGUUUUCUACGGCUGCUUGAGGAGGAUGAAAUGGCAUUUGAUAUUCUUUUUUGCAUUGCCUUUCAAAUGAUGGAUGCUCAGUGGCUAGCAAAGCGUGCUACAUAUAUGGAAUUUAACGAUGUUUUGAAGUCAACAAGAAUACAAUUAGAGCGCGAGCUUGCUCUUGAAGACACCUCCAGUAUAAAAGAUAUACCGGCUCACAACAUGUUGAGAUGAUUAGUGCUCAAUUUUAGUUUAAUAUUUGUGUCUUCUAUUUUGUAGUUAGAAAAUGUUACCUUAAAUGUAUCUAAAGUAUUCAUCAUUCUAUCUCUGAAUAGAAAUGUAAAUCACAAGUGAAAUGGGAUUCCAAAUAUCAGAAUAAUCUUUCUGUUGAUUUCUAUCACCCCUUGUAUUUAAGCAUUUUGUUAGCUUUCAGAAAAUUGUUAAGAAAGUUUAUGUUCUCAACAAUUAUAUACUUUAACAUUUCGAACUACUGCUACUGCUAGUUUUAUUUGACAUAUCAGCUGGUUUUCCUCUAA